AAUAAAAAAAAUAAGUGGGAAGAGAUUAGAAUUGACGACGAUGGAAAAAAUUCUCGAGUAUUUGCAACUGAGCGAUGAGGAGGUAGAAGAAGACGGCGGUGAGGCACAGCGGCUGCUGGAAGAAGAGUUUUCACGGAAAGGAAAAAGCUUCUACGAGGUUUUUAGUCUCAGAGGAAUCCGAGUCAACCGGGUCGACCCGGGUUUCAUUUCCUGCUCUUUCAAGGUCCCUCUUCGUUUGACGGGUCGAGACGGGAAUCUAGCUAAUGGUGCGAUUGCAAAUCUUGUGGAUGAAGUUGGUGGAGCGCUUGUACAAGUCGUAAGCUUACCUUUGUGUGUUUCUGUGGACAUGUCUAUUGCAUUCCUUUCUAAAGCUAAGCUCGGUGAGGAGUUGGAGAUAACGUCGAGAUUGUUAGGCGAGAGAGGAGGUUAUAAAGGAACACUUGUUGUAGUGAGAAACCAGAGGACGGGAGAGGUUAUAGCAGAAGGUCGACAUUCUCUCUUUGGCAGACAAGCUAGUAAGCUCUGAGGUCGAAUCUUUCUUUUGACAUUCUUUGUUUGGCACCUUCAAGUGUUUCGCUGUUAUGUGUUUAUGUCUGUUUUCAAUGAUAGGGUUAUGGUUAGCUAAAUUUGAUUAGGGAUCUGUUAGGAUGUCUUUUUCUUCUUUCUGGUUGUGUAAACUUAAUCAUUUGUAGGGAUAGCUUAUAAAUAUAAUACCGAACCACCAUUCACAGUCAGUAAACUUGAUAGUUAUGGUGAUGAAAAUUGUAAUCUGUCUCAUCAAUCCAUUUACAUUCGGUAAACUUGAUACUUAUGGAUC